AUGCGGCCCAUCGACGUUACUCCAGCAAUCGCUAAAAGACUCUUAACCACGGUGUACAGCGCGAUCAAGAUCGCAGGUUUGACAAAGUUCAAAGUAGGCGAUCGGGUACGCGUUAGCAAGCACAAGACAAUUUUCGAGGAGGAUUACACACCAAAUUGGAGCACCGAGAUGUUUAAGAUCGUUAAAAUGCAACACACUAAUUCAGCAACCUAUCUGCUGGAGGACUAUCGCGGAAAAUCUAUCGUUGGAGCGUUCUAUGGGCACGAGUUACAUCGCGUGGCUUACCCGGACACGUAUCUCGUGGAGAAAGUACUGCGCAGGAGGGAAGACGAGGUCUACGAGGUGAAAUGGCUGGGAUUCGAUGGAUCGCACAACUCAUGGAUACACAAGGACAAUGUUAUUUAA